GACGUCACUGACCUACUUGACUCUCUUUUUAUUGGCUACGAUAAACGUCUUCGACCUAAUUACAAAGGACAGCCCGUUAUUGUGGGAGUAACAUUGCACAUCAUUAAAUUCUCAUCUAUAUCUGAAGCCAACAUGGACUUUACCAUUGAAUUUUUUUUCGUACAACACUGGACUGACGACAGGCUUAAAUUCGACAGUUCAACGUUCAACAUCACAUCACACGAGUUGUACAUUAGCAACGUCAUGCUCGACAAACUUUGGUGGCCGGACACCUUUUUCGCCAACGCCAAAAAUGCCAAAUUUCACGAGGCUACAGCCAGAAACAUGUUCCUCAAGUUAAGUGAGAAUGGAACUGUAACACUGAGUAUCAGACUGACCGUCGUGGUUUCGUGCAUGAUGGACCUCACGUACUUUCCAAUGGACAAACAAAUCUGCUCUCUGGUAAUUGAGAGCUACGCGUAUUCGACACGUCACAUAGCCUACAAUUGGCUGGGCAGGGCCGACCAAUCGGUGACCACCAAUAACAACUGCCAGAUGAUCGAGGCCAAGGUCAUUGGUAUAAAGGUCAUCAAUAAGACUACCAUUCUUAGCACUGGUCUCUUCUCAAGCCUCUCCUGCCUCUUCUACCUGAAACGCAACCUCAUCUACUACAUCAUCCACACCUACAUGCCUUCGACGCUCAUCGUCGUCUCCUCCUGGCUCAGUUUCUGGCUGCCCAAGGACGCGGGACCAGCCAGGAUAGCCCUAGGGAUUACCACCGUACUGACCAUAACCACACUCAUGUCUGCUUCAAAUGCCUCUCUUCCGAAAAUUAGCUACUUAAAGAGCAUCGACUUGUACACGAUAACCUGUUUCCUCUUCAUAUUCGCCUCCAUAGUUGAGUACGCCAUCGUCAGUUACGUAUCC